AUGUCGGCCCCCUGGAAAGCUGCCGGUUUGACCUACAACCGCUACCUCGCCGUUGCUGCUGGCGCCGUCCGCCGGUCCCUGAAAGAAGGCCCUCGCCUCGCUGCUGAACGCCGCGGUUUGACAGAUCUCAAGUUUGCCAAGUGGGAGAACGGCAAGCAGGGAGAGGUCAAGCAAGUCGGCACCGUUGUUAACGCCGCCGCUCAAGCCGAAAAAUAA